AAGGAAAGACAUUUGACACCAAGCCUCAUCUUGGCUCCUGAGAGAACUAUCAUCUCUGAGGUCACUCGACUUAAAGGGCAUGUUUAUUAUUGUUUUGUCAAGUCUUAGUAGAAGACGACCCUUGAUCAUGCAAAACGGAUCCGGGGGAAAUCAGAAAAUUUCUUGUCCACCUCUUUUCUGCAUUCCGACUCCCCCAACUACCUCCGUCGCCUUGUAGAAUUGGCAGGCGCUGGACCUUUUGCAUGCUAGAGAAAAUCUCUGUUUUGCCUCCAGCAAGGAACAUGCAUGUUGCAACACUGACUCCUCCUCUAGUGAAGAAAGAGUGAACAAGUGCACCGAGUUGAGCUUCUUCGCAGAGACACGCGGCUGGCGACUGCGGGAGCAGAGGCUAAAAUCCCAAGACGCCGCCGGGUCUUCUGGGCUGGGCUUUCCCCGCCUUCCUGUUCAGUCUUACUCGCUCUUCUCCUGCCUUCUGGAUUUUUACCCAGGGCUCAGGAAACUGCUUCACCUGCAGCAAUAAAGCUCACGUCCAUUGCAGGAAGUGCGCACCGCCUGGUAUGGCAGACUUUUCUCCCCAGCAAAACUGAAGGACGCUUCUCCUAUCUCUGAAGGUGAGCACCACAGAUGCUUUGCACAUGAGCCCUAAAGGGAGCCUCUGAUACAUUGCCUGUAGCAAGAAACCAGGGGCCAACAUGCAGGAAAACAUGACAUCUGUCCUUGCUUUCAUCCUACUUCUUCUCAACAUCAGCCUUCUGAAUGGACAGUCACCACCUGGAAAACCUGAGAUCCACAAAUGCCGGUCUCCCGACAAGGAAACAUUCACCUGCUGGUGGAAUCCCGGGACAGAUGGAGGACUUCCUACCAACUACUCGCUGACUUACAGCAAAGAAGGAGAGAAAACUACCCAUGAAUGUCCAGACUACAAAACCAGUGGCCCCAACUCCUGUUUCUUUAGCAAGCAGUAUACCUCCAUAUGGAAAAUAUACGUCAUCACAGUAAAUGCUACCAAUGAAAUGGGAAGCAGUGCAUCCGAUCCUCUUUAUGUGGAUGUGACCUACAUAGUUGAGCCAGAGCCUCCUCGGAACCUGACUUUAGAAGUGAGACAGCUGAAAGAUAAGAAGACGUAUCUGUGGAUAAAAUGGUCCCCACCCAACAUAACUGAUGUGAAAACUGGUUGGUUUACAAUGGAAUAUGAAAUUCGAUUGAAGUCUGAAGGAGCAGAUGAGUGGGAGAACCAUUUUACAGGGCAGCAAACGCACUUUAAGGUUUUUGACUUAUAUCCAGGACAAAAAUACUUUGUACAGACUCGCUGCAAGCCAGACCAUGGAUACUGGAGUAGGUGGGGCCAAGAGAAUUCCAUUGAAAUACCCAGUGACUUCACCCUAAAAGAUACAACCGUGUGGAUCAUUGUGGCCGUUCUCUCUGCUGUCGUCUGUUUGAUUACGGUCUGGGCAGUAGCUUUGAAAGGCUACAGCAUGAUGACCUGCAUCUUUCCACCAGUUCCCGGGCCAAAAAUAAAAGGAUUUGAUACUCAUCUGCUGGAGAAGGGCAAGUCUGAAGAACUCCUGAGUGCCUUAGGAUGCCAAGACUUCCCCCCCACUUCUGACUCUGAGGACUUGCUGGUGGAGUUCUUAGAGGUGGAUGACAAUGAGGACGAACAGCUAAUGCCCUCCCGUUCCAAAGAGUACCCAGGCCAAGGUGGGAAACCCACGCACCUAGACCCCGACAGUGACUCGGGUCACGGAAGCUAUGACAGCCAUUCUCUUCUGUCUGAAAAGUGUGAGGAGCCCCAGGCCUACCCACCUACUUUCCACAUUCCUGAGAUCAUUGAGAAGCCAGAGAAUCCUGAAGCAAAUAUCCCUCCCGCCCAGGACCCCCAAAGCAGCGUCCCCUAUUUUCACGCAGAUGUAUCCAAAUCUUCAACAUGGCCUUUGCUGCCAGGCCAACACAUGACCAGGUCUCCUUAUCACAGCACUGCUGACGUGUGCAAGCUCGCUGGAGGUCCUGUAGACACGCUCGCCUCUUUCCUGGACCAAGCAGGAAAACAUCUUCUAAAAUUCUCUAAAACCCUUGAGACUGAAGAGGAAGAAGAGGUGGCGGAGCACGAGGAGUCGAAAAGCUUCCGUUCUAAAACUAAACAAAACGCAUCAUGGCCCCUGCUCCAGGAGAAAGGCUCCAUUGUCUACUCUAAACCCCCAGAUUAUGUGGAGAUUCACAAAGUCAACAAAGAUGGAGUACUAUCAUUGUUCCCCAAACAGAAAGAAAACAACCAGAUGGAGAAGCCCGGGGUUCCUGAAACCAGCAAGGAGUACGCCAAGGUGUCUGGGGUUGUGGAUGACAACAUCCUGCUGUUAGUGCCAGAUUCACGAGCUCAGAACACAGCUUUGUGUGGGGAUUCAGCCAAGAAGGCUCCACUGUCCCUCGAACAGAAUCAGUCUGAGAAAGAUCUGGCCAGCUUGGCUGCAACCUCAAGCAACUGUAGACUCCAACUGGGCAGGUUGGAUUACCUGGAUCCUACAUGCUUCAUGCACUCCUUUCACUGAUAGCUAGACUCGUGGAACGAUUGGCUAAAAUGUGAUUUCUCUUCAGACAUUGGCUGAUGAAUAAAGUGCAGAAAGACCGCACAGUAAGUCAUCAGAAUUUUUUUUUUUAAAAAUCAUAGAUUGCAAGUUUUCCCCUAUCAGUGAGUCACCUCAAGGUGGUUGGCCAAAGCCAUUAUAAUUUUUGAAAUACCCAGCGCAGUGCCUGGCUGGUAGAGUGUUUUAUUUCCUUCGCCUCCCUAGUUCUAUUUUCUUGUUUGAAAUACAAAUGAACAGAAUUGCAUGGAUGUUGCUAAAGUGAUUUUUCUUGAAGAAUUUUUGCUGCUAGAAGAUCUAUAAUCAUGAAUUUGUAAUUUAAUUUACCCAGACUCCCAAGAAAUAAAUACCCUCUUGGUUUGAUUUUUAACCAUCAAGUAUAUUAUGGCAUGGGAAGAGUCAGCCAUUUAUCAGAAAUAAUCUUGCUCUGAUUUUAAAGGCUCAUUUCUGUGUGUCACGGCUGUGGUGUCUGCUUUCUUUCUUUUGUAUUAAAGGAUUAUACACUGCUAAGCACAUAUGAUUUGUCUCUUACAUUUUUCACUCUAUGAAUCUCGGGUUAUUGCACGUUGUGCUUCCUGGUUUUCAUGGAUUUAUCCAUUUGUCUCUAUCCACUUUGUACGAACAACAUGGACAGUUAAAUCAUGGUCAAUAAUACAAAAAAAUAUGCUAAUUUCUCUCACAUCAUUUUUACUGCAUGACAAAAAUAAUGCUUGCUGAACAGAAUCUUAGCGAUCCCAGAAUAAUAUGGUCAUUAUAUUUCUAUUUGUGUUGUUAUUGAAAAUCCAGCUCAGUGCCUGUCUCAAUAAAUAUGUGUUUCCCUUG